AUGACCUCACCCCGCAAAACACACCCUCUAAAAAAAAUGAUUAAUAACUCAUUUAUCGACCUUCCUACACCGUCCAACAUUUCUUUCUGAUGGAACUUAGGCUCCCUCUUAGGAGCCUGCCUAAUUAUUCAAAUCACCACAGGCCUAUUCUUAGCCAUACACUACACCCCAGACACUCAGACAGCCUUCUCCUCAGUAGCCCACAUCACCCGAGACGUAAACCACGGAUGAACAAUCCGCUACAUGCAUGCCAACGGUGCCUCCAUAUUCUUCACAUGCCUCUUCCUCCACAUUGGACGAGGCCUCUACUACGGAUCCUUUCUUUCUCGAGAAACUUGAAACAUCGGUACAAUUCUACUCCUCACAACAAUAGCCACAGCAUUCAUAGGCUACGUUCUCCCAUGAGGCCAAAUAUCAUUAUGAGGAGCUACGGUGAUUACAAACCUCCUAUCAGCCAUUCCAUAUAUCGGAUCCAACCUCGUAGAGUGAGUUUGAGGUGGCUUCUCAGUAGACAAAGCCACCCUCACACGAUUUUUUACCUUCCACUUUGUCUUACCCUUUAUCAUCGCAGCACUAGCGACUAUUCAUCUAUUGUUCUUACAUGAAACAGGUUCAAACAACCCAUCAGGAAUAACGUCUAACCCUGACAAAAUUACAUUUCAUCCAUACUAUACAAUUAAAGAUAUUCUAGGACUAAUCCUUCUACUCCUACUUCUAAUAAGCCUAACACUAUUUAUACCAGACCUUUUAACCGACCCAGACAAUUAUACACUAGCAAACCCUCUCAGUACCCCUCCCCAUAUUAAACCAGAAUGAUACUUCCUAUUCGCAUACGCAAUCCUACGGUCUAUCCCUAAUAAACUCGGGGGCGUACUAGCCCUUGUACUCUCCAUCCUAGUCCUUAUAAUCAUUCCAACCACGCACCUGUCAAACCAACAAAGUAUGACAUUUCGACCAAUUACCCAAAUCAUAUUCUGAAUAUUAACAGCCAACCUACUUACACUUACAUGAAUCGGAGGUCAACCAGUUGAAUAUCCAUUUAUUAUCAUUGGCCAAAUUGCAUCUAUCAUAUAUUUUCUUAUUAUCACUACCCUAAUUCCCCUCUCAGCCCUAAUCGAAAACAAACUACUUAAAUGGUAA